UCAUCAAAUGUCUUAAAAUCUGUGCAUACAUUUAACUUUUUUUUUAAUUUAAUUUUUUUUUGUAUUAUUGUAUUAAUCUCUAUCCAAAUCUAGAUUUUAGAUUUGGCCAUUGCAAAAAAAUACUAAUUUUUUGUCAUUUAUUUUAGUACUUCCCGUACUUCUGCUACUGAAAGUAUGCCAAUUCAUAACACAUCUAAAGAGGAAAUAGAAGUUGAAAGACAAAGGACAUCUCAUGAUACCAUAACUGACUACGUUAUAGAAGGAAGGAGAAUCGUAGAUAUUCCGAAGCUUUUUAAAGAAAUCCAGAAUUUAUCCAGACUAUAGAAUUGCACAAUUGCAGAUAUGAACAUUUUAACGGAAAAUAGAAAAGGCUUAAAAAGUUCAAUUUUACUAAAGUGCAAAAUGUGCAAUUUAGAAAAAUACCUCAAUCUGUUUACUCAAGAUGAGUCUGAAACAUGCAUGGACAUAAAUGCCGCAGCAGCCUUAGCAACCAUUUCAACGGGUAUUGGAUUUACUGCCGCGGAAGAAUUUAUGGCCAUACUGGAUGUUCCUUUUAUGUCUCCAAAUACAGAUCAGCAGCACUAUGAGUUUGUGGGAGAAAAGAUAAGGGAAACGGCUUGGAAAGCAAUGGAGGAAGCCGCACAAGAAGAGAGUUUAUUGGCCAAAGAAUCAGGAGAAGUAGACCAAUAUAAUCGCCCCUGUAUCACUGCUGUGGCUGAUGGUGCUUGGAGCAAAAGGUCUUAUAAUGUUAAUUAUGAUGCUGCUUCAGGAUUUGCUUGUGUAAUUGGACAGAGGACCGGAAAACUUUUUCUUGGAAUCCGAAAUAAAUACUGCAGCUUUUGUGCAUACGCCAGUGCCAAAAACAUGGAAGUCAUUCCAGAUCAUACAUGUUAUAAGAACUGGUCAAAUACAUCCAUAAGUAUGGAAUCCGAGAUAAUUGUGGAAGGAUUUCGAAAAAGUAUUGACAUGUAUAAUAUUAUUUAUAAAAGACUUGUUGGAGAUGGUGACAGUAGCGUCUAUAAAAAACUGAUCGAGGCUCGCCCAUAUGAAAAUUUACAUGUGGAGAAAAUUGAGUGCAGGAAUCAUUUAUUGAGAAAUUUUUGCUCCAAAUUGCGUGAAAUAUCUAGUAAGUUUAUUUACGAAUAACAACCGGAAAUUAUCGACCCGCGAUAUAGUAGAGGACUGGAAAUAAGAAAUCCAUCGCGAAAAUACCAACAUUUUAAUUUUAAAAUAGGUAUAUUAAUAGAUUUUUGUAAAUAUAAAACUGUACUUUUUUAAAUAAAAUUUAAAAUAUAAGUAGGUAUAUAAUUGUUUUUUCAAUAAGAUUAGGGUAAAAUCUAUAACAGUUCAAAAAAUAUGUAUAGAAAAAACAAUUAUACAUAGAUUU